AUGUCGGACAUUUAUUUCUAUAAGUAUGUGGUAAAUCUGCAGGUGUUCUUUAAAACAGCUCAUUCAUAUGCGCUUGUCAAUUUAAGACCUCUCGUACCAGGACAUGUUCUCGUAUGUCCAAUUCGGCCGGAAAUCAUUCGGUUUGCUGACCUUACCCCCGAGGAGGCCCAGGAUUACAUGUCGGCGUUGCAAACCGUCCACAAAUUCAUCAUCCAUGCAUACAAAGCGGAUUCGCUAAACAUUGCCAUUCAAGAUGGACCGGAACUGGGUCAAUCGAUCCCCCAUCUCCAUACGCAUCUUAUCCCCCGGUAUGGCACCGACGGGUUUGGUGACUCAAUUUACCGGAAAUUAGAGAAAACCGACCUUGAAGCUGUGUAUGACGACUUUUAUAAACGCAAAGCGGCAUUCCAAACCGGGGGUGACUUUGUUGUUGAGGCCGACUAUGCCCGCCAAGACCGGACCCCCGAAAUCAUGGCGGCCGAAGCGGCAAAAUUGCGCGAGCAAAUCGACCAGUGGUCCACCGGAAGUAGAGAAUAG